AAAUAACAGCGUUGUUAAGUUAACAAAAUAAGAAUAUUGAACAAGAGUACAAGAGUGAAAUUGCGAUCGUCUCCCUAAUCCUUAGGGUUUGAGAUGUGCGCAUCAACGCGAUCUGGCUUCUUCGGCAACCAGGUCUCGUGGUAGUAUAGCUUUGCUCCUUGGAUUCCGUUCUGUUUUUGUUUUGCAGGGUCCGUUUCCCUUUGGCUUCGUGGGUGUCACUGGAAGGCGCCGCAAAGUAGGAAGAGAAGGGGUUUGUUUUUGCCGCAGGUUUGCACCACAUGUGUAACGAAGGCUUCAACGACUCGAAUGAGGCUUUUGGCUAAUGGCGGAGAUGGAGGAUAUUGCUAGCAAAUAUAAGGAGAUGGCCAUUGAAGAAGAAGAGGACGAACUUUUGUUCGACGAGGAAACCAACGAGGAGGGGAACUCAGAAAGAAAAGAAAUCUUCCUGGUGGUUGUUAAUGUUGUGAAAUUCUCGGUGUUCAGGGACCUCAUGGCUUUAAUAUGGAGAUCUGGAAAAGGAAUAUCCAUCAAAGAGAUUAGAGAAAAGAGGUAUUUGUUUACUUUCUAUCAUGUUAUUGAUAUGGAACGUGUUUUGGGUAGUGGUUCGUGGCUGUUUGAGUAGAAUUUGGUGGAACUCGGUGCUAUUAGGCCAGGUGAUAUCCCCUUGUAGGUUCCUCUUAAUGAGGCUGAGUUCUGGGUGCAGGUACAUAAUGUACCUUAUGACUUCAUGAAUAUUGGGGUCAAUGGAGAAUUGGCAAUUUUAUUAGAAAAUUUGUCAGUUUUGAUGAAAGUCAGUUUGCACGAAAAUGGAAUUCUUAUAUGAGAAUUAUGAUUUGCAUGGAGGUGGGAAAUCCACUAAAGAAGGGUACGUCUCUUAAGAAAAGUCUGGGAGUAGGGCACUCGGUCGACUUUAAGUAUGAAAAAUUGCCCAGGUUUUGCUUUGCAUGUGGUAUUAUUGGCCAUGCUUAUAAGUAUUGUUCCUUGAUCUAUGACCGUAAAAGCACGGAGCUAGAAAAACCCUUUGGGGUAGGAUUACGAGCGGGCGGAGGGGGAAAACGCUCCCAGUGGGUGAUAAUAAGUGGCUGAUACCAGAAGGUGCUGAAGGUGGACGGAGUGUGAUUCAGAAAGGCAAUGCUUAUGGGCAAGUGAAUGAGAAUAUUGGCAGGGUUUGGACGGGAAGGCAAAAUUGGAUUCUUAUCGUGGCGGGAGGGAACAAGACAUGUACCGAGGAGGGCGAAGCAACAACCAUGGAGGAUUCUGUUGGCGACCAAAAGCGCAGGAGGGUGUGGGAGGAGGACAAAGACGCGGAUAUUGGGGGUGACAAUAUGGCUCUCGACGAUCCAAAAAACGGAGGGGCGGGUCUAGGCACUUCGACGCCGAGAGGUUUGAAGACGCUUCUGCUUAAUGAAGUACGGGGGAAGCCCCUUGGGUUACUGAUCAGGGUGCAACUGAAUUUCCACUCUUAUGUUUUUAUGUUUGUUUUUUAUUUCGAUCAGACUGUGUUUAUUUUUGUUGUUUAUGUUUACUUUCGCCAAACUCUUGCAUUAGGAUUGGGCGACGAGGGGUCUCUUCUUACCGCGUUAGGCUCAUUUAGACCCAUUACAGGAUCAGCGAAUCAUAUUGCUUUUCACAUGGUGAUUGGUUCUAAGUCUGGUUCAAGGGUCGGCGGAUGGAAGUGGACCUUUUAUCUCUUUGUUCCCUUUCUGAAUGCUGUGAUAUCAAUUUAUGCCGCCUUUUCUCAAAAAAAAAAAAGUUAAAAAAUAAGAAAUAAGAA